AUGAAAGACCAUCGUUUGCAAGUUCAAGAGGUGCUUAAGAGACUGCGGCAACACCACUUAUACUGCAAGCUUGAAAAAUGUGUUUUCGAACAGCCUUCUAUGCCUUUCCUGGGGUACAUAAUUUCAGGCUCUGGGUUGGAGAUGGACCCAGCCAAGGUACAAGCGAUCCUCAAAUGGCCCAAACCCAACACUCUUAAAUCUAUACAGCGAUUCUUGGGCUUUGCAAACUUCUAUCAAAGAUUUAUCAAGGGAUUCUCUGCUAUAGUGGCUCCUAUCACCGCUCUUACCCAGAAGGAGGCUAAUCCUAGGGAAUGGUCACCAGCGGCUGAAGCAGCGUUCCUACACUUGAAACAGGCCUUCACUACGGCUCCGGUUCUAAGGCAACCUAAUACCAACAAAGCCUUUGUAUUGGAGGUUGACGCUUCUGCCGACGCUGUGGGAGCAGUCCUCUCCCAGAGGUCGGAGGAUAACAAGUUGCAUCCAUGCGGAUUCUUUUCCAAAAAAUUUCUUCCAGAGGAGAGGAAUUAUACUAUAGGGGAGUAA